AUGCACCGAAUACUAGGUUUCCUUGAUCCGGCUGUGGUCGGUCUUGUACGCAGUGCCCGGGCAGACGGGCCCGCCGAUUGCUGCAGCUUCAUCAUAUCUUCAGCUGGCUCAUUCAGCCUUCCCGCUGGUUCGCUGGAAGACGGACAGAUACGCUUGAACGGAACGUGUAACACGACCACUUUCUGUAUCAACAAACAGGGAGGCAUCACGGACUCGCGAGGUCACGGAUGUAUCGUGACUGAGUCACCGACCUCUCAAUUCCAAUGUGAUCGGGGGAAAGCGCCAGAUACCAACUUUUUCAUCGGCAAUGACAAGACGCUAGUGUACAAGGGCUCUCCGACUUUCUUCGCCUGCCCAGCCACUGACACGGAGUACAACAUCUACGUCUCCCCAAACUUUGGGCAGACCAAAUGCUUUCCCAUCAGGCUCCAGAGCGACGGGUGCGGGGAGGCAAAGCUGUCGUGCCCUUCUGCUCCUGCUCCAACGCUCUGGGCGACAGAGUGGGUUACCGAUACGGUCAACUACACCAUAACCGCCACCCAGAAGCUGUUCGUCACGUCAUGCCCAGUGACUCCAGUGCCGCCGUCCAACAGCACCCGCUCUUGCACAAACUGCUACAUGAAUAGCACCACUGCCUGGACCAAUAACACGUUCCGCAUCUUGCACACUAGUGCCCCUGGUGACAGGACUUCAGAUCCAGGUGGUUUCACCAUCCAAACUACCACUGUUGUUGAAACGGCAAAGGAUGAGGAGACGGCAACCCAGCCGAGACUCAAUGGGCUACGUGGUCGCAGCUGGUGGCGCCUUCUGUGA